AUGAAUGCAACCAAUCUCGAUGGAGCUGAUCAACCGAUUUCGAAAAAACCCACUGGCCUUCCAAAACCAAAAACCAAAGAUCGCCAUGCAAAGGUGGAGGGCAGGGAUCGGAGAGUCCGGAUUCCGGCAGACUGCGCCGCCAGGGUUUUCCAGCUCACUCGAGAGCUCAGCUUCAAAACCAACGGCGAUACAAUCCGCUGGCUCUUGUACCAAUCUGAGUCGUCCAUCAUUGCACGGACAGGAUAUGGGGUUUCUCCGGCUCCUCCUCCUCCUCCUCCUCCUCCGUCCCCGGUGGUGGAACUCUUCCCCGGCGGGUCGUCCUUUAACCCUCCGGCCUUUCAGGUUUACAGGCCUGUGCCUUUACUGCCAAGCCCAGAGUUCAAUCAUUUCAUGGCGAGCUACGAUCUGCCCUAUCACUUCACUGGUACCCAUGGGAUUGAUAUGUUCGAAGCUGCUGAGAAGUAA